GGGAGCAGGCUGCCACACCUCACACCACAAAGGCCAAGACAAGGAGGGACCCUUCACACCCACUUCAGGAGACUUCCCAGGGCCUGUCAUGUGCCAACAGUUGUUCGAUUGUCUGACGGCCCCCCUGGAGCCUGGAGCGAAAGCUCCUGGGGGUACACGGGACUCUCCUCCGUGGCUGUCUCUCCAGCAUCUAGAGCGUGGGGCCAACACACAGAUGCUCCAUAAAUGUGUUGACGCCAGGAUGUUGACCAUUGCUCUUCUUGCCCUUCUCUGUGCAUCAGCCUCGGCCAGUGCCAUUCAGGCUAGGUCCUCCUCCUACAAUGGAGAGUAUGGAGGCGGCGGAGGGCAGCGAUUCUCCCAUUCUGGUUACCAGCUGGAAGGUCCCAUCACCGCCAUCCGUAUCCGGGUCAACAGCUACUACAUCGUAGGGCUCCAGGUCCGUUAUGGCAAGGUGUGGAGCGACUACGUGGGCGGCACCCAGGGAGACCUGGAGGAGAUCAUCCUGCACCCUGGGGAGUCAGUGAUCCAGGUGUCCGGCAAGUACAAGUACUACGUGAGGCAGCUGGUCUUCGUGACUGACAAGGGCCGCUACCUGCCUUUUGGGAAAAACAAAGGCACGAGUUUCAAUGCUGUCCCCUUGUACCCCCACACUGUGCUUCGAUUCUUCAGUGGUCGCGCUGGCUCCCUCAUCAACGCCAUCGGCCUGCACUGGGACGUCUACCCCAGUGACUGUGGCAGUUGCUGAGCCUCAGCUCCGUCCCAGGCUGGGCACCGCAAGGGGGUGUGAGAACCUCUUUACCAUGAACCUCAUCCACAUGGCUCAAUAAAAAAGCUAAAAGGA